AUGGCAACUGUUGCUCUCACAGGCCAUUUUGCCACUAAAAUAAAGCCCACUGUUGGGCCUCUUAGCGUUGUUUACAUCAAGUCUGCCUCAUACAGUUCAGAUGGGAGUAAGCCUAACAUAGCUGCGUACAAGCGGGGCACAGGAGGUCGUUGUAGUUUCAAUGGAAUUGUGGCAACAGUGUUUGGUUGCACUGGAUUUGUUGGACGCUAUGUCUGCAAUAAACUGGGCAAGACUGGAACACAGAUGAUCCUGCCUUACCGAAGUGAUUUCUAUGAUGCCCAGCGAUUGAAAGUGGCUGGAGAUUUAGGCCAGGUGUUGUUCACACCUUAUGACCUCCGAGAUGAGGAGUCCAUUGCUAAAGCUGUGCAGUACUCCAAUGUUGUCAUCAACUUAGUGGGACGAGACUAUGAAACCAAGAACUUUAAAUACAAGGAUGUGCAUGUAGAUGGACCAAGGCGCCUUGCCAGGAUAUCUCGGGAAAUGGGUGUUGAGAGAUUCAUUCAUGUGUCCUACCUGAAUGCGUCACCUAAACCUAGACCGCUGGUGCUGAAGACACCCUCCAUGUACAAGGUCAGCAAGUACUGGGGAGAGUGUGCCGUAAGGGAAGAGUUCCCUACUGCUACCAUCAUUCGUGCUUCUGACAUCUACGGCAGUGAAGAUCGAUUUUUGAGAACAUUUGCUUCACCUACGCGUAUCAAUGGACAGUACAUGGCGUUGUACAAGAAUGGCUUGGAGACCAUAAAACAGCCUGUUUACGUGUCAGAUGUUGCUCAGGGUAUAGUAAACGCCAUUCGCGAUCCCGAUACCAGAUGCCAGGUUUACCAAGCGGUUGGACCUAAACGGUACCUGUUAGCUGAUCUGGUCGACUGGUUCUUUGCACUAAUGCGCAAAGAUGAAAAAUACUGGGGAUACCAACGCUACGACAUGAAAUAUGAUCCUGUCUUAUUCCCCCUAAAAGUCAAGCUUGUAAACCUGAUUUCACCAUCUUACCCAUUGGGUGGGCUGCACUGGGAGGCAAUUGAAAAGGAAUCUACAACUGAUAUGGUUGAUGAUAGCCUUCCUACAUUGGAAGACCUCGGUGUUACUCUGACAAAAAUGGAAGAUCAGGUGCCAUGGGAACUGAAGCCAUUCCGAGCUUACCAGUACUACAUAGCCAAGAUUGGAGAGUUCGCUACACCACCAAACCCAAGAGUUCAAAAAUAA